CCCACUUGCAGCCCGAGCCCCUUGAUUCCCUCGCCGGUGUCACGCGACUCCAGAUCCCCAAUUCGGACAGCCACCUGCUCGGCGAGCCAUGGCCGGCCGCCGCGAAGGCGAGCACCAGGCGAGCCCGUGGCGAUCCGGGACGCCCGCGGCGGAGGAGGACUCGGGCGCCUUCCCCUCCGCCAUCAUCUUCUUCGCUCUCGUUGGCGCUACCGCCACCACCGCCGCCGUCGGACAACUGCGCCGGACGGUCAGCUGGUUCUACACUCAACUUAGUAGGUCGGAACCAUAUGUUUUCUGGGAAGACAUACCUCGUCGACCAAAUCGUCAUCGGUGCGGUGAAGCCUGGGAACGAUAUCACCAGAGGAUGCGUGACAGGACCGAGGAUCAAAGGGAAAGAGUGGUAGCAAUCGCGUUGGAGUCGAGCCAGUCGACACCGACCACUGUAUUGGACGAACUUGUCAAUAUCGACCCGAACACGGAACGCAUACGGCACAUGCAAGAUGUAUUUAAAAAGGAGAGAAGUAAAUGUCGGGAUUAUCGAAAUUGGGAUAGCCAUAAUCCCAACUAUUAUCAGCAUCAUCAAAGAGAUGACUGGUACUGGAACGCAGAAGCAUUUUAUGCCAAUCAAAGGACAAAUUUCAGGGCAAUGACCAGGGAAGCCAUGACUUACACUAUGUCACACCACUAUUCUGUUUUGGGCCUUGACAGGUCAAGGUCAGAGCCAUUUUCAGAUGCUGAAAUCAAGAAUGCUUUCAGGAGAAAAGCAAUGGAGUAUCAUCCAGACCAAAACCAAAAUAAUAAAGGUGAACACAGUUUCCUUGUGUCUCCAGGUCUUCUCAGCCCCUCAUAGGUUGCUGAGGCAAAAUUCAAAGAGGUUAUGGAUUCUUACGAAGCAAUAAAACGAGAACGACGAGACAGAAGUUGCUGAAUGUGAAAUGUGCUCAUGGUUCUCAGGCGGAGUGAGGAACUGUUGUAUAUAAAUUGUUUGAUGUGGGACAAACUAAAUCUAGGGCUAGUUUGGCAUCCCCAUUUUUCCAUGGGAUUUCUAAUUUCCCAAGGGAAAAUGAACUAAUUUCCCUUGGGAAAAUGAAAAACCCUUGGGAAAAUGAGGUUUCCAAACUAGCCCCUAAGGUAUAAAACUACCGCUCUGAUCCAAAAGAGCGUGUAGCUUAGUGGUUACAAGGGCCACAAUGCCACAUUAGUAUUUUAUGUUCUGGCUUCGACUCUCUGUAGAAGGGAAAAAAAUACGGGAGAUAAUGAAUUCAGAUGGGGGACGAUGGCAGGUCAAUUCAGCCAUUCUUGUUUCUAUUUUUCUCUUGGGGGUGGGGGCCGGGGCAGAUAUAGAUGUACUCAGACGAAUGAAGGCUAUUGAAAGAAUGCACGGAUGAGCUGGACGUGUGUUUUAGAGAACAAA